AUGGGUUUCUUUGGCAAGCGCAAUGACUCUGAGGAUCAAAUCCAGGAGGCAGCCCCCGAGCCAGAUGUCGAGAAGGUUGUACCAUCUGCGCAUCAGGAGAGCGACGUAGGUCAAUCGGCGGCAGGGCCAAUGCUAGCUCUACCAGACAUUGAUCCGAAAUUAGAGCAUAGGGUCUUGCGCAAGUUGGAUCUGCGCCUUACAACGCUGGUAGCCUUCUUUUAUUUACUUGCUUUCCUCGACCGAAGUAAUAUCGGCAAUGCCAAAAUCGCCGGAAUGUCAACAGAUCUCUCUCUCACAGGCGAAAAGUACACGUGGCUGCUCACAAUCUUCUACAUCUCGUAUGCCGUUUUCGAGUUCCAGGCGAUAAUGUGGAAGGUUGUUAAGCCGCAUCAAUGGUGUGCGUUCAUGGUGUUUUCUUGGGGCCUCGUUUCGACCUGCCAAGCUGCAACACAGAACUGGCAAGGGAUGAUGGCACUCCGGUUCCUCAUGGGGAUAUUCGAGGCCGGCUUUGGCCCUGGUGUACCUUACCUGCUCUCCUUCUUCUACCGCCGCCACGAACUCGGUCUCCGUUGUGGCAUGUAUUUUGCUGCCGCUCCACUCGCCAAUACCUUCGCGGGUGCGCUGGCCUACGGAAUUACCUCAGGCCAUGAGAGCAUUGCAAGUUGGCGCGUGCUCUUCCUGGUGGAAGGAUUGCCUGUUGUUGCUUCUGCGCUUCUUGCCUGGUUCUUCCUGCCGGAUUCUCCCGCGACAGCGAAGUUCUUGACAGAGGAAGAGAAAGAGGUGACACGAAUUCGCGCCAUUGCGCAAUCUGGUGAGCCGGACCGAAAGCUCGAGAUUCAAUGGAAAGAAGUGGUCGAGAUCUUAUUUGAUCCCAAGGCCUGGCUGUUAUCUUUCAUGUACUUCAGCUGCAAUGUCAGCUUCUCCUCCUUGUCGGUCUUCUUACCAAGUAUCCUCAAGGAGAUGGGGUUCACGUCCAUCGACGCGCAGGGCCUGACUGCCCCUGUUUUCUUUGCCUCAUUCCUCGUGACCCUUGCCACUCCAUGGAUUGCAGAUCGUCUCCAGCAACGUGGAUACAUGAUUGCUGGACUCUCAUUAAUCGGCAGUGUGGGGUAUAUUCUGUGUGCCACCGUGAAAACAGUGGGUGUGCGGUACUUUGGUGUCUUCGUGGCUGCGUGUGGAGUGUUCCCGGCGAUCGCCAAUCUUUUGCCCUGGGUACUCAACAAUCAAGGAUCUGAUAGCCGUCGUGGCGCUGGCAUUAUCCUCAUGAACCUGAUUGGACAAUGUGGUCCUUUCUUGGGAACUAAUGUGUUUCCUGAUUCUGAAGCUCCACGAUUCCUUCGGGGCAUGUGGAUUUGUGCUGCAUUCAUGCUGUUCAACACAUUUCUCGCCCUCGUACUCCGGUUUUACCUGGUGUGGAUGAAUAAGGGCCUGGACAAGAAGUACGGGCCUAAGGUUGCGGUCGACCCUAGCAAGAAAGAAUUGUCUCCCGAGGACAACUAUGGAGCCGGCUUCAGGUAUGCCCUGUAA